CACAUUUAAACUAAUAAUGUUAUUUUGUAGCUCUUCAAUGACUAAUCUUGUCUCAUUACACAAUCUAGAUGCUUGGUUAAUUUUCCUCAAUAGCAUAGCCCGAAUCCCAUUUUCAAAAUUAUUUUAAUGUAUGGAAUUCUCGAACAUUUGAUUCAUUCAAAAGGGGCGAGGGGCGUGUUUGGACUAAGGCAGGGUGGAGGGAUUUCUUGAAAAGAUUAGGAGAGAAUCAGCAGGUCUUCCCGAUCGACACGGGAGCGGCGAGGAAGAUGACGAUGGUCCAGAAAGAGGUUAUCCAGAAGGCAGAGGAGUUGGUGCAGAGAGCCAUGAAGGGGAACGAUGCAUCUCACGAUGCGGCACAUGCCUUCAGAGUUCGAGACCUAGCUCUGUCUCUCGCCCUCGAAGAAGGCCUCUCUUCUUCUCCAGAUUCCAUGUUUAUUGUGGAACUAGCUGCUCUGCUGCAUGAUAUAGGUGACUACAAAUAUGUAAGGGACCCUUCCGAAGCAAAAAUUGUUGAGGAAUUCCUUGAAAAUGAAGGGAUAGAAGAUAACACGAGGACAAAUAUUUUGAAGAUCAUUAAGGGAAUGGGGUUUAAAGAAGAAGUUGAAGGCCAUGCAAAUGGUAUUUCUUCGCUGGAAUUUGGGGUUGUGCAAGAUGCAGAUCGUCUUGAUGCAAUUGGUGCCAUAGGAAUAGCUAGAUGUUUUACAUUCGGCGGAAGUAGGCACCGAGUUCUUCAUGAUCCUAAAAUUCUUCCGAGGUCAGAUCUGUCCAAGGAAAAAUACAUGAACAAAGAGGAGCAGACGACUAUUAAUCACUUUCACGAGAAACUUCUCAAGUUGAAAGACUUGAUGAAAACCCAGGCGGGGAAACGGAGGGCCGAAAGAAGGCACAAAUUUAUUGAGGAUUUUCUUGAAGAGUUUUAUGAAGAAUGGGAUGGCAGGGCUUGAACUGGUCCCAUUUUUCCUGUAUGUUGAAUGAGACUGGUAUUCAUUUGCAACUUCCUUUUACCUGGUAAUGAGUUUUUGUUAUACUUAAAACUGAUUGUUAAAGGUGUGAUUGUUCAUUUGGAAAUUGGAAGUUAUACGUUUAAUUACCAAAUGCUUGUGCAUAAAAGGCUAGUGCCACU